UAUUUCUUCACCUUCAUAUUCCUUUCCAACCGGCUGCGCGGUGGACUCUCUCUCCCGUCUAUAAGAGCUUCUAAGCUGAUAUUGUUUUACCAUUUCCUUCCCGGCUGAUUUAUUUCGCCGGAUAAAUUCGAAUUGAAACAACCUGAACCUCCGGUGGAAGAAGUAGAGCUACUUCUCCGGCAAUGGAAACGGAAGUUCAAUCGAAUUACAGCUACAUGGGACGAAGCUUCGGAGAUCUCAGCAUGAACGACAAAUCCUCCGCUUUCAGUGACUGCGACAGCGAUAGAUCUGGUGAGUUCCCGACGGCUUCUUCGCAGAGCCGCCGUCUACUGCUGGCUUGCGCCGCUGAUAACUCCGACGAAUUGAUCCAUCAACUCGUCACCGAUCUGGAUUCGAGCUCAAUCGACGAGCAAAAGCAAGCCGCAAUGGAACUCCGUCUUCUGGCUAAGAAUAAGCCGGAGAACAGAAUCAAAAUCGCCAGAGCCGGCGCAAUCAAACGCCUUAUAUCGCUAAUUUCUUCCCCCGAUCCUCAGCUUCUGGAAUACGGCGUAACCACAAUCCUCAAUCUCUCGCUCUGUGACGAGAACAAGCAGCUCAUCGCCGCUUCAGGAGCAAUCAAGCCGCUUGUUCGAGCUCUUAAAAUCGGCACAUCCGUCGCCCGAGAGAACGCCGCAUGCGCUCUUCUCCGUCUCUCGCAAGUUGAGGAGAACAAAAUUGCUAUCGGAAGGUCCGGCGCUAUUCCGCCGCUAGUGGACCUGUUAGAGAGCGGAAAUUUACGAGGCAAAAAGGACGCAUCGACGGCUCUAUACUCGAUAUGUUCAGUAAAAGAAAACAAAAUUAGAGCAGUGGAAGCGGGGAUUAUGAAGCCUUUGGUUGAAUUAAUGGCGGAUUUCAGCUCAAACAUGGUUGAUAAGUCGGGAUUCGUUGUGAACGUACUGGCGUCGGUGGCGGAGGCGAGGGCGGCGCUGGUGGAGGAAGGCGGGAUACCAGUGGUGGUGGAGAUCGUAGAGGUAGGGUCACACAGACAGAAAGAGAUUGCUGUGUCGAUACUGCUUCAACUUUGUGAGGACAGCGUGCCAUACCGGACCAUGGUGGCCCGCGAGGGUGCGAUUCCUCCCUUGGUUGCUCUGUCUCAAUCCGGUACCAGUCGCGCCAAACAAAAGGCGGAGACACUGCUUCAGCUUCUACGGCAGCCGAGAUCAGCAAGCGCCACCGCUCUAGGAACCUCUGCUCUUUCAGUUUGAGACGGCGCCCUCACCGGACUAUGCCAGGGAAGAAAGUGGGUAGUAGAAAACAAAGAAAGACCAGAUAGAAAAACAAAUUCAAAAUGUAAAUAGUUCUAGUGCUUUUAGUUUGUGAUGUCUUGUAAAGUUGAGCUUCAUUUCGCUUUGAAUUUCGUGCUCUUUUGGCCCUGGUGCGGUGUUGCGUGUUGCAAAUUUUUGCUUUUUUGAAAUCAGAUUUUGAUUGAAAAUCAAAAUCUAGUUUGAGUUUAGCUACCAUAUAAAGAACAUAUGCAUUUCAUACAGGUUUUUAAUUAUAAAAUCAAAAAAAUUGCAACUCGCAAACCCUGCAGGUCUUUGAUUUUUGGUUUGUUAAUGGGAGUUUUGAUUUGUGUGUGGAUAUAUUUCUACUUUUUUAGCGUAUGUUUAUGAAUGUGGAUUCGGAUUAUAUGAUGCUUCAAACUUCGUAUUA